AUGAAGAUAUACAAGUAAAGUCUCUGGACUUACCUCUAAGCAUCACUGUGGGAGACUGCCCUAUACCUAGGUAUCUGUAGGUACCUGUACCUACCUACGUACAGUGGGUAGGUGCCCUAUUUAGGUCCUCAUUGUACCUACACACUGCAGUUACUCUAUCAGCAUCUCAAUUACAUGGGCACCUACAUACUUCUAAGGUUUGAUCCGAUACAAAGCACUCACGCAAUUUUAUGCUUCCUCGCCUGCUUUCAGUUCUGUUUCUGCGUGAACCCAUUCAAUAUACCAUCCAGUAUACCGUCAUCGUACUAUCACACACCACCCUACAUCAUAUAAUUGAACAUGCAGGAGGCCGUGACGGAGCAGCUAGGCCGAGCAACCAUGAGCGAGGCUUUCUCGAAAACUGGAGCGGAGGCUUACCUCAGAUCUCUUCUUAAUAAAACAUUACGCAUUCAAGUUACUGAUGGCCGUAUGUUCACCGGCACAUUCAAAUGUACUGACACCGAUCGCAACGUCGUCAUCUCUAACACGUUUGAGUACCGACACCCAUCUCAGCGAGAGAUUGCUAGGGCUGCUUCUACUGCCGCUGACGACGCAAGCGCGGCCACCGUGAAAGUCGACAUGACCUCUAGAUAUCUGGGUCUCGUCGUGGUGCCUGGCAAGCACAUAGUGAAGAUGGAAGUCGAGGAGUUCACUAGCCAGGCUUCCGAUCCUCCUCCUAGUGACGAGCCGCCCACUACUUCCGAGUCUGACAGUGUCUCUCAGAUCUAUUCCUUGCCCUACAAUGGCUCAGCCCUCGCCACCAAGCGAGAGUAUCGAUUUCCCAAAUAUGUAAACAGUUACAGCACCGGCUUAGUCCUCGGACAUGGGUUUUCUAUCCUUGCACUCAACCGACUGGGAAUUCCAAUAGAACCUAGCCAUAUGCGCUUUAGCGGGUUGUUCACCUCUUGAGCUUUGUGAGGGCGCUCUACGAUACAAAUCAGGCGCAAAUUUGAUUACAAACGCCUGUUUCGAGGCUCAACCGAGAACUAGUUAUAGACCAGCACUUAGCGUCUCGAAGGACACACUGAACGACUUACUAUGUACGAUGAUAUCCAGCAAAACACCAAUAGAGAGCGAGUAAAUAAAACUCGCUUGUACGGCAUAUGCCUCCCCUCGCCUUGGAGAUAAAGAGGUCCCGUAUCUUCUAUACAAUUAUUGUCUGCGCCGAUUGGCAAAGGGGACAUCGCAGAAGGCACAGGAUUGGACUUCGUGGGUAGAUUCGUGAACAGAGCAUUUAGAUAACAUCAUUGAUGGUGAAACUUGGGCUGGUUGGCCCAAUAAGCCUAGGUUGAACCAGAACCAGCCAGCUUACCAAUGCUUCGAAACACCUUACCGCCUUCAGUUCAGUUGCUUGCAACCGUGAUGUUUCUUGAACCGCAGUAUGAACUACUAGAUUGUAAGGUGUGUAACUGGCUAGACUAUGUCCGUCGUCAAUAAUUUGUUUUCAAAAUCCCGGUCAUUCCAGACUUCAAGCCAAAUCCCACAGUAUGUAGUACACAUAACAAUCAACGCUGACCGCCUACUUCUUCAGCAUACCAAAAAUUUGAAUAC